AUGUCGACGAAAAGCGAGCAGUACGAGAAAUACCGAGCAUUUGUACGGGAACGGCUAGAAGCAGAUUACAGUGAAAUGCUGAAAGUGGUAAAUUCGAUUGUUGAAGAAAUGAAAGAAUAUGAGACACUGUUGCUGAUCAUUGACAAAAUAAAGGUGCUGGAUCCUGAAGAGCCACUGGAAAUGCAAAUGAAUAUUGGAAAGAAUAUUUUUUGCGAAGCUGUUGUUGAGAAACGUGAUCAUGUUAUCGUGAAACUGAUCGAUGAUCUUUACGCGGAACUAACGUUAGAGCGAGCUGAAGUAGGCGUUUUUUUUUUCUUUGAACAUUGA